AUGCAGGUGCUUAAUUGUACGCAGAUAGUUGAGGCACUGGAGACCUAUUACCUGCCAACAUUUUAUGGAAUUGAGUUCUCUGUUGGUUUCCUUGGCAACCUGCUGGUUGUACUUGGUUAUAUAUUUUGUUUACAACAGUGGCAGAGCUGCAAUAUUUACCUCUUCAGUCUUGCGGUUUCAGACCUUAUUUUCCUCUCCACAUUGCCACGCCUCUGCUACCUUUAUUCAAAUCACAAGGAAGAGAGCAAUCUCUAUGUUUGUGUUAUCAACCGCUACGUCCUGCAUGUAAAUCUUUACUCCUCCAUACUCUUUAUGGUUUGGCUCAGCAUGGACCGCUUCCUGCUCAUAAAGUAUCCAAUGAGGAACCAUUAUCUGCUCAGGCCACGAACAGCUCUGAUUGUUACAGGGUUGAGCUGGAUAGCUGUCAGCAUUGAAGUUGCCCCAAUGAUAACGCUGAUGGUGCAGGACCUAAAAGAAAAAAAUUGGACCAUGUGCCGAGAUUUUGGCAGUCUGAAGGGAGAUAUCAGUGUGCUUGGCUACAGCUUGGGGCUGACAGUGACAGGUUAUAUUCUCCCUCUGUUUGGACUUUGUGUUUUUUCCUACCAAAUAGCACACCUACUGCGUGUCCAGGAAAGGGCUCUGCAGCGCAGCACGGCAUCAUCAUACAAGCGGCCUCUAAAGGUGGUUGCAUCAGCGGCAGCGCUAUUUCUGGUUCUCUACACUCCCUACCAUGUGCUUAGAAAUGUGUCAAUAGCAACUAUGCAAGGCUGGGCAGGACUGGAGAUUUGCACACGGAUGCACAUAAAGAGUAUCUAUAUCUUGACCCGACCUAUAGCCUUUUUUCACAGCGUAAUCAACCCCAUCUUCUACUUCCUCAUGGGUGACAAGUUCAGAGACCUCCUAGAAUCUAAGAUUAGAAAUAUAGUCAGCAAAACAGUGGUGCAAAGAAACCCUUCAUGA